AUGCACCAUCUUUUUAUUUUAGUAACAAAUUGCAAAAAGGUGCAAAUCACUUUCGUGAAAAGCGUAUCUUCGAGUCAAAAUGAGCAAUUUGAAAAAAUCAAUACAUGGUACCUUGAAGAUCUUAAGCUUGUGGAUGGUAAAGAAGCAGACCAAGAUAAUCCAAGCUUUGAUAUGCAUUUUGAUAAAGUUUACGGUUGGGAAACUUCCAGCACGGCCUCCAAAUAUACCUUUGUCCGAUGCUUGCAGGAGCUUAAUCACCACUACCUAGGAAAGAAGAUAACAUUUGUGAAUUUUGACAUUGAUUACUUAAUUGAUAAGAAUCAUAAAGAAUGUUCCAAGUGA